AUGUUUUUCGAAGAAGUCCGAUCUUUACACACACCAGAGAUCUCACACAGGGAAAAAAACCAUUUUCCUGUUCGGAGUGUGGGAAAUGUUUUUCGAGGAAGUCCAUUCUUUACAUACAUCAAAGAUCGCACACGGGGGAGAAGCCGUAUUCCUGUCCUGAAUGCGGGAAAUGUUUCUGUUCUAAAUCCAAACUUAAUAGACAUAAAAGAUCUCACACGGGGGAAAAGCCAUUUUCCUGUCCUGAGUGUGGGAAAUGUUUCCCUUCUAAAUUCCGUCUUAAUGAGCACAAAAGAUUUCACACUGGUGAAAAACCAUAUUCCUGUCCUGAGUGCGGGAAAUGUUUUUCACAAAAGUCUAAUCUUAAAACACAUCAGAGAUCUCACACAGGGGAGAAGCCGUAUUCCUGUUCUGAAUGCGGGAAAUGUUUUUUCACUGAAGUCCAGUCUUUAUACACAUCAGAGAUCUCACACAGGGGAGAAGAGUGCGGGAAAUGUUUCUCUUCUAAAUUCAAUCUUAAUGAGCACAAAAGAUUUCACACUGGUGAAAAAUGAUAUUCCUGUCCUGAGUGCGGGAAAUGUUUUUCACAAAAGUCUAAUCUUAAAAUACACCAGAGAUCUCACACGGGAGAGAAGCCGUAUUCCUGUCCUGAGUGCGGGAAAUGUUUUUCACAGAAUUCCAGUCUUUAUACACAUCAGAGAUCUCACACAGGGAGAAGCCAUAUUCCUGUCCUGA